CUGUGAUGAAGGUGUUAUUUAUAUUAUUAUUCCUGGCUGUGAUAAGGAAUGUCGAGAUGAAUAGAUGUGGUCGAGACCCUUUUAUACAAUCUUUUGGACGUUUUGGAGUUGUUGGAGGACGAACCACGAGUAAAUUCUCUUGGCCAUGGAUGGUAUCAUUACACAAAAGAGGUAGCAGAAACUUCAAUUAUCAUUGUGGUGCUUCCAUUAUUAAAGAUAAAUAUAUCUUAACAGCUGCACAUUGUUUCGAUUCGGAAUCUAAGAAGUCUUCUGAUUAUAUUGUUAAAGUUGGAGGCCAUAAAAGAAACGAAGGAAGGAAUUAUGGAGUUUCAACGAUUACAAUUCAUCCUAGAUAUAGAAGUGGGCAACAUUAUAAUGAUAUUGCUGUAUUAAAGUUAAACUCGUCUAUUCCUAAUGUUAAACCCAUCUGCUUACCUUCAAACAAUGAACGUUACGAUAGGGAAAGUGUAACAGUUAUUGGUUGGGGAGUUACUUCUUUCGCUGGACGUCCUGCUGAUGCACUUCAGGAAGCUAAAAUAAAUAUGAUACCUAAUAGUCAAUGUAAUGCUUCGUACACACAGUUAAAGGUAUCGUCAUUACCUAGAGGAAUCACAUCAGAAUUUGUGUGUGCAGGAAUCAGUUCGGGGGGGAAAGAUUCGUGUCAGGGUGAUUCUGGUGGUCCUCUUAUGAUUCGUUCUAUUUUUACUUGGAGGAUCAUCGGUAUAGUUUCUUUCGGUUACCAAUGUGCUAAGCCAGGAUUUCCGGGUGUAUAUACAAGAGUAUCAAAUUAUUUACAAUGGAUAUCUGAUAAUACUAAAUAA